CAAUGUACGAGGUGCUGGGGCCUCGGCCACCUCUCUGCAGGUUGUACGAAGCCACCCCAGUGCCGUGUGUGCGCCGGCCGCCAUCUCGAAUCGGUGCACCGCGCUCGGUGCGCCAUGUGCGCGAAGGAGAAUCACGCCGCCUCAGACCCUUGCGCUCACGCGCGCUGCAUGAACUGCCGUGGUCUCCACCACGCCGACUCCGACCAGUGCCCCAAACGCACUGCUUUCCGGAAUGCUGGCCCCGCUCUGACCUCUUCUCUCGAGCGCCCCGUGCUGCCCGCUGCUGGCGACUCCGAUUACGACUUUAAUUCCCCCCCACCGCCCCCCGUCCGCUCCCCUCCAUCACCACAAGGCAUGCCCGCACCGAAUACGGGAUCCACAUGCCGGCGUAGCAACACUUAAACGCAGGGGAUCAGUUUUUAUCCAGCCUGCUGCGUGGUAGGGUUCGCCGCGCGUCACCCAUUCAUUCUGUCGAUUCCCUCAGUUCUUUCCCUCCGCCCCGACAUCUCUUUGGCUGCCAACUCACUCCGCCCUUCGGCCCGCCGUCGUGCAAUUCACUAACCCUGGUCCAGCCGGCUCCCCCUCAAUGUUCAACUGGUCAC